CGCUUCGCGCCGUCAUGGUGGCCCCGGUGUACGGCUCCCCGGGCGGCCGCCUGGCCCGGGCGCUGACGCAGGCGCUGGCGGUGGCUCUGGUGCUGGCCCUGCUGGUCGGGCUGUUCCUGAGCGGCCUUACGGGCGCGAUUUCGCUCGCGGGGCACCGCUGGGGACCCGACGGACCGGCACCGCCCGCUUCCCGCAGCCGCUCGGUGCUCCUGGACACCGCCACCGGGCAGCUGCGCCUGGUGGACGGCCGCCACCCUGACGCGGUGGCUUGGGCCAACCUCACCAACGCCAUCCGCGAGACCGGGUGGGCCUUUCUGGAGCUGGGCACGAGUGGCCGCUAUAAUGACAGCCUGCAGGCCUACGCGGCAGGCGUGGUGGAGGCCGCCGUGUCUGAGGAGCUCAUCUACAUGCACUGGAUGAAUACAGUGGUGAAUUACUGCGGCCCCUUCGAGUAUGAAGCUGGCUACUGCGAGAAGCUCAAGAGCUUCCUGGAAGCCAACCUGGAGUGGAUGCAGGAGGAGAUGGAGUUGAACAGAGACUCUGCUUACUGGCACCAGGUACGGCUGACCCUCCUGCAGCUGAAAGGCCUGGAGGACAGCUAUGGAGGCCGCAUGACCUUCCCAACUGGGAAGUUCACCAUCAAACCCUUGGGGUUUCUCCUGUUGCAGCUUUCCGGGGACCUGGAAGACCUGGAGCCAGCUCUGAAUAAGUCCAAGACCAAGCGUGCCCUGGGCUCGGGUUCCUGCUCAGCCCUCAUCAAGCUGCUGCCUGGCCAGCGUGACCUGCUGGUCGCCCACAACACCUGGAACUCUUACCAGCACAUGCUGCGUGUUGUCAAGAAGUAUUCGUUCCACUUCCACGAAGGCCCCCGAGAGAACUCCCUGCUGGCUCCUGGCAACAGUAUGGUCUUCUCAUCCUAUCCCGGCACCAUCUUCUCCUCUGAUGACUUCUAUGUGCUGAACAGCGGGCUGGUGACACUGGAGACCACCAUUGGCAACAACAACCCGGCUCUGUGGAAGUAUGUGCAGCCUGAGGGCGGUGUGCUGGAGUGGGUGCGCAACAUUGUGGCCAACCGCUUGGCCUUGGAUGGGGCCAUGUGGGCCGAUAUCUUCAAGAAAUUCAACAGUGGCACGUACAACAACCAGUGGAUGAUUGUGGACUACAAGGCGUUUGUCCCCGGCAAGCCCAGCCCUGGGAGCAAGGUGCUAACUAUCCUGGAGCAGAUCCCGGGCAUGGUUGUGGUGGCUGACAAGACCUCGGAACUCUACCGGAACACCUACUGGGCCAGCUACAACCUACCGUCCUUUGAGACUGUUUUCAACGCCAGUGGGCUGCAGGCCCUGGUGGCCCGGUACGGGGACUGGUUCUCCUACGACGGGAGCCCGCGGGCCCGGAUCUUCCUACGGAACCAGUCCCUGGUGCAUGACGUGGACUCCAUGAUGCAGCUUAUGAGGUACAAUGACUUCCGGCAUGACCCGCUGUCAUUGUGCAGUGCCUGCACCCCCCAGCCCAAUGCAGAGAAUGCCAUCUCGGCCCGCUCCGACCUCAACCCUGCCAACGGCUCCUACCCUUUCCAAGCCCUGCACCAGCGCUCCCAUGGGGGCAUCGACGUGAAGGUGACUAGCUUAGCGAUGGCCAAGGCCCUGCGCCUGCUGGCAGUUAGUGGCCCCACGUGGGACCAGCUGCCCCCAUUCCAGUGGAGCACCUCACCUUUCCGCAGCCUGCUGCACAUGGGCCAGCCUGACCUCUGGAAGUUCCUGCCCAUCGAGGUCUGGUGGGACUGAGGCCUGUCCACUGCCAUGCUGCCUUCUGCCCUGCUGACCCCAGCAGGGCAACUCCACCCUGCCGGCCGCUACCCUCCUGCCCCAUCCCUUCCGGGGCCUUGCUACCUGCUGCACCCUGGAACUAUGUUUACCGGGUUCACUGUUGUCUGGGAGGUGUCUUCCCAGGGUAGGCGUGCCCCUGGGGGUCCAGAACUGACACCCAUUCUCUCCCGAGGUGGGUGAGCACUGUCCAUGUCCCCUUCGCCUCUGUCUAUGUCUGCCUCUCUCUCCAUCUCUCUGUCUCUAUCUCCCAUUCUCUGUGUCUGUCUCUCUGUCUCUCUCUGCUUCUCUCCUGCCUCUGGGGCCCCCUUCUGAUCGCUACCCCCUCCUGAAGGUUAGGAGGUUCCCAGGACCAGCCUCGGUGGUGAUGCUGAACCUGUAGGGUUUCACGUCCCAGCUGCCAGGGGCAGGAUGGCUGCAGCUGCAGGACCUGGGCAUUCUCUCCAGUAGGCAUCCCCCCACCUCGUCCCUAGCCCCAGCCCCUCUGCUCCUUGGGGAAGCAGCCCCCUGUCUCUUCUUCUGAGCAGCUUCCUCAAGGAAGAAACUUGAAAACAAAAACCAAAGUUUCUGGCAACUUGUGGCUGGAGGGCCUGAGUGUCCUCCUCCUUCCUGGGGCCAGCAGGAGAGUCAGCACCUGUGCUCCUGCCCAAGUCCCUCUGACCCCCAACCUGGGUCUGUCUCUGGCCUCAGGCGUGACCACAGCCCCCUGCUGUAGGAGCCAACUGCAGGCUGUGCCACAUUAAAGGAGAGGCUGUGGCCCUUGGCUGUGCUUCUUGGGGCAGCGGGGAGGCUGGGUCGACGCCUUUUCUUCUCUCAGGUGUGAGUUCUGCACCAUCCACCUGUCCAUCUGUCUAAUCAUGACACCCUGUCUACCCAUUGUCCAUCCAUCUGUCCAUCCAUCCACCUGUUCAGCUGUCUAAUACUCUGACAACCUAUCUACCCUUUGUCCACCCAUCCAUUCAUCCAUCCAGAUGCUUAUUGAGCACCUACUAUGUUCAGUAUUUCCGGGGUCCUGUUAACCACUGAGACCCUCGUUAGUCCAGACCAGCAUAAAACAGGGUCCCUCCCACCUGUGCCCACAUGCAGCUUACACUGCAGACGAGCGCUGUGUGCUUGGGAGAGGAAAGCACACAAGCCCUGUAGUCAGAGACCUGGGUUCUGAUCCUCUCUCCUCCUAUCAGUGCUAUGGCGCUCAGCCUCUCUGAGCUUUGGUUACCUCAUCUGUAAAAUGGGGUAAUGACACGAACCAUACUUCCCUGGUGGGAGUGUGGUGAGGCUUCUCUGCCGUGAUGUGGUCCACACAGGGCCUCACACACACACACACUCUAUUCAUCAGCAGAUAUUUGCUGGACACUGUACACACCUGGUAUUAGUACAAGGUCCUAGGGUUACUGCUGUGAACAAAAAAAUCCCUGCCCUUGUGAAGUUCACAUUCAAACCAGGGAGACAGGAAGCAAAGUAAAGACCCAGUGCGUCGGAUGCUGAUUCAUGCCCUGGAGGGGACAAAGCCACGGCGGGCCUGGGGAGGGCGUGCUCUUCCCGCGCCUCACUGGACGUCUGCAAUCCCUGUCUUCUGCGAAUUGGUAACUUGUGCUUCUAAAAAGCCGGCUUUCAAUUCCAGCUCCACUAGAAUCUUUUUGUACCCUGAGCCUCUUUCUGAUGCUCACAACACCCCUAUUGGGUGGGAGAGGCCAUGAUUUUCAUGUGUUUUUACAGAUGAGGAAGCAGGCUUGGUGGAGGGAAGUGACUGGAGCCCAGGCCUGUGGACUUACCUAGGACCCAGUAAUUCCCACACCCACUCCCCCGCCCCACACACAUCUCCUUGUGACGGUGCAGGCCCUGGUGGAACAGUAGGUAGCGCGCAUUGCACACCUACUGUGCGCCACUCACAGAACCUUCACAACCACCCCUGGGGCUGGGGCCACCAUGAGGCCCAUCUGACAGAUGAAGAAGCGGAGGCCCACGGCAGUGGUGGUCCUUGUCCAGGGUCACUCCAUGGGAAGGGCCAGCUCCAGCCUAUUCCUUAGGAUGAUUUUGGCCCCCUUCUGCUUACUGGGGGGUGUGGGGGCACUAUAAAGCCAGGGAGACUCUUAACAGGGUAUGGGCGUGUCGUGGAUGGUUCCCCUAGGGCUUCACCUGGCCCAGGAAAGGCAGGGUCCACCUUUACACAGACUUCACACAACGGUUGGUUUUAAGAUGGCAAUUGCAGGCUCAUCUCUGGUUCUGCCCUUCCUUGAGGACCCAGCCUGCAGUGCCUCAGCCCCUCCUCUAGGGGGCAGGCGUGUCUGCUUUUUAAAACUAAAACCAAACUCCCUGCCAUCGAGUCACUUCCAACUCAUAGUGACCCUAUAGGGCAGAAUAGAAGUGCCCCACAGGGUUUCCAAGGAACAGCUGGUGGAUGCGAACUUUGAACCCUCUGGUCAGUAGCUGAGCUCUUAACCACUGCACCACCAGAGCUCCUCUGCCUCUUUAGGGGUUCCCAUAUCUGGUUCAGGCAGGGCAGUAGAAGCUGGAAGCAAUUCUGGUUUUCCUGAACUGAGUAAUAUUUUUAAAGUUUCACACUCCCUCAGCAGAAGUUCUGGGGCCCAGGGGCUGAUUAGAUUUCCCUGCCUCUGGCAGCCCAUCCUUGAAGCCCCAUCCUGCAGUUUUUCCAAAUGCCGCGUUCUGUGCACUGCACUGUCCCUCCUGAAAAAAUGGGUAGGUAGGCUUGCUGCGGUGUGGGUUUGGGGUUGUUUUCCACUGUCCCCCUGAAACUUUUUAGCCCCUAUUUUGGAUUGGGGGCGAAUUCUGCAAGGCUGUGUGGAUCUGGGAGUCCCUGGGUUGUACAAACACUUGGCUGCUAACCAAAGGGUUGGUGGUUUGAGUCCACCCAGAGGCAUCUCAGAAGAAGGGCCUGGCAGUCUGCUUCUGAAAAAUCAGCCAUCGAAAACCCUAUGGAACACCAUUCUACUCUGAAGCGCAUGAGGUUGUCACGAAUCAGAAUCCACCCAGCGGCGACUGGUGUGUAUCUGUGGGGGGUUAGAGUGGUUUUCAAAUUUAGCUAUGAACUUGGGGUUCUAAAAAAAAUGUCUUAGGGGCUGCUAUAGGUGAUGACGGGGCAUGUGUGAGCAGACGUGGGGUCCUUGCCCACACCCCCAAAAACUUACGUGUUUUAUACACUGGGCUUCAGCAUUUGGUUUUAUUGGAAGAAAAUUUUGUGUUUUCAAGAGUUUGCGGACACUGACUUCAAAUCCAGCCCUCCCCUUCCCCAGAGGUGGGUGUCCAGGUCAGUUUACACACCCCCAGGAAUGGGGAACUCAAUACCUGUGCUUGCAAGUUCUGUAGUUGUGUGAUGGAGUUAUAUCAGAACAAGGCCUGCCUCCCCGGUGGGUUGUCUUCAAUGGCACAGCCUUUGUCUUGUCCCAAGCCCCUUCUGUUCAGCUCUAGCUCCCUCACCUGCUUCCUGUGAUGUAGGGAUGCCCCCUCCUGGCACUCAAACCCCACUGGAAUAGCUUCCUGGCUUCUAUGUCUGGUCCCAGGGUUUUCUGUGGAACACACGGGGCUUGAGCAUGUGGCUGAAAACCAGCAUGGUAGGGUAGGAGGAGGAGAGGGGAAGACGGCUGAUGAUGGAAAAACUCAAAGGAGCUAUAUUUCACAAAUACGUAUUUUCUUUGUCGGUGAAAAAGUUCUGCACAUUAGAAAAAUGAGUAAGGGUGGGGUCAGGCCUCUGGAGGGGAAGGAUGAGAUGGCUUCCUGACCUUGGACGCUGGCCCAUCCGUUUUCCCAGGGAGAAAGUCUGGGGCAGGCUCUGCUUGCUUCAAGAAGAUCUGGCCUGCCGUGAUCCAGGUCCCUCCCGUCUACCCUGCUCUGGGGACCCAGGAAAGACAGGGCCCACCUUUACAGAGACAGCCAGCUUCACUUGGCUGCUCAUGCUGGGAGUUUCGCACAAUCCUCAGCUCUAAAAUGGCAGCUACAGGCUUACAUGUGGACAAUCCUUAGCAGGGGUGACUAAGGAUGGUCACUGAGUGGCCACACAGAUACCGAAGAAUGUAAGAGCCUGGCCCUUAACUUCACAGCUUCGAUGGCCCCAUCUUGGGGAGCCCCCCCCCCCCCCGCCACAUUGGACUCCUGAUAGCCAGGAGGCAGCUGCAGGUCCGGGCCACAGGCUCACCACCAAACACAAGAAUACUAUUUGCGAUGAGUCGCUGGAUAAAACUCCAGCCCCAGUAGGGGCGUCCUGGGCAGGGGGUCA